GACAAUCAGACAUGAACUUUCGGGGGAAAGUGAUCCUAAUUACCGGCGCUAGCUCAGGAAUAGGAGCUGCCACUGCCAAACAUUUCGCUCAAUUUAACGCUUCUUUAGCUUUAGCCGGUAGGAAUCUCUCUAACCUUAAACAAGUGGCGUCAGAUUGUAAAACGAUCAGCCGGGAGUCCCCAUUCGUAAUUACCGGUGAUCUGACAAACGAAGAGGAGACAAGAGCACUCAUCGAAUCAGUUUUAAACCACUACACACGCUUAGAUAUCCUCGUUAACAACGCGGCAACUGCGGAGCUAGGUUCGAUAGAGAACACCUCCCUAGCACAAUAUGAUCGCGUGUUGAACACAAAUGUUAGGUCAGUGUACCAUCUAACCAUGCUAGCAGUGCCGCAUUUGAUCAGAACCAAAGGUUCAAUUAUUAACGUAUCCAGUGUGAGCGGUCUGCGUCCCUCUCUUGGUUUCCUCGCUUACUGUACCUCCAAAGCGGCCAUUGAUCAGUUCACCCGCAGUCUCGCUCUGGAACUGGCGGACAAAGGUGUGCGAGUGAAUUCUGUCAGCCCGGGAGUGAUUUUGACCGGGAUCCACAAACGAGCUGGCAUGGAUGAUGCUGCGUAUGCCGAGUUUCUUCAAAAAGCGGAAAAAAUUCAACCCCUCGGACGUGUAGGUACCGCCCAAGAGGUCGCAGCGGUCAUCGCAUUUCUUGCCAGUGAAAACGGGUCUUUUUUAACGGGAGUUAUCACUCCUGUUGAUGGCGGAAGACAUGUUUGAGGGAAAGGUUCUUCUAACUUUAUUGGGCCUUCAAGUUUAAUUGUAAUUUUAACUUACAUCAUACAAAAAAAUUGAGAGACCCUUUUUGAUUCUUUUUAAAAGAACUGAUCGUAAAUAUUUGUAAAUGGAGGUGUAAAAAAAAUAUGAGCUUCAAUUCUCAAUUUCAAAAGAGUUACAUGCGCUCAUAUCAUAAAGAAAGUCACGCCUUGUAAGCUUUAAAAUGAAGUCAAAAGUAUGCUUGUGAGCUUCGUGUUACAUUCUCUUUUGUACGGAAGGACGGCGAAUAAACAUAAUUGCAACAACUA